GAAACGUUGUGGGCGUUGUGUCGUUAAUUUGUAAAUGUUUUAACGCACAGACAAGUGCAUCUCUAUAUAGGGGCCAACUUGGUGGAGAAUACCAUGACAUUUGUAUCCUAAAAAUUACGCACAUUGCACAUCGAAUGCAAAGUUGAAUGAAGUAGUAUUGCUGGAUCUCAGUUCGAAAACCACACCAGCCAUGUCAUUAAUUAGUAAUAUUAGGCGUCACAAACUGCACAUUCUGUCGUUUGGCCUCCUUGUUAUCGUCUUUUUCACCCAGGUGAACUAUAUCAAUCGUGAGCAGCAUUGCGAAAAAUAUGCCAUUCGCAUGCAUACUCCAACACGUUUCAACGAAAUCGAAAAUAUUCGGGAGGCUAUCUCACAUUCAGCAACAUCGGAAGAAGUGUUUCAACGAUUGCAAAACGCUUCAUCGAAUAUUUCGAAGUUCCAUGACCGCAAUGAUGACAGAACUUACGAACCCGAUGGAUACAAGGCCGCUGCCUUAGCUAGACGUCUUUGUUUAGAAAAAAGGCUAGACCACGGAACAUUCGUGCCUGUUGCUCGCAUGCAUUACAUUCCACACAGGAAUAUAACAUUUUGUUCCAUGGCGAAGACGGGUUCAACGUUUUGGGGCAGGGUAUUCGUGAUGGCCACUGAGCAAGAUCCUAACAAAUACAGUCAACCAUAUGACGUUAGUUUGUCUGAGGUUUACGGUGGUAUAGGGAAACGAUUCACGUUGAACACAAAUGUUACAUUAAAUCACGAUCACUUUAGUUUUAUGUUCGUUCGAAAUCCCUAUUCAAGAAUUUUAUCUGCAUAUGUAGAUAAACUUGUUCCGCCCAAUCCAACCUUUUGGAGAUAUUUUGGUUUAAAGGCAAUAGCACAAUUUAGGGAAGGAAUGGAUAAGGCCCCAAAAUCUACCAGAAAGGAAGCUAAACACAAUAAUGAUACAACACUAGUCGGCCACGAUGUGACAUUUGCAGAAUUUGUGCGAUUUGUCACAGACGCUGAACUUCACCAAGAAAGUCCCAAUCCACACAUCUCUAGCGUCAAGAAACAUUGCAGACCGUGUUCGUCUUUCUUCACCUUUAUAGGCAAAUUAGAAAAUAUAGCAGAAGAUGGUUCUUAUAUAAUGAACAAAAUAGGGAUCAGUAAAAAAGCCAUUACGGCACUGGAAACUAAUAUAUCAAACCUUACAAAAGAUGAUGCUAUUACCGAUAGUAUUCGAGGACCGUUCGGGUGGAAGAAAGAUGUGUUAAAACACAUGUCAUGGGAUAAGGCGUUGCAAAGACUUUGGUUAAAACUGCAGAUGCGUGGGUUGAUUGAGAAGGACAUUAAACUUGAACUUAGUGAUCAACAGAUUAUGUCGAUGACAAGUGACCGUUUAAUAGACAUUGCGAGAGAAGCACACGCGCGAUCGGACCCUGGAAAGCUGAAACAACAAAGUAAAGCAGUCCAAAAAGAGGCUUUUGCAAGUGUUCCGUUGAAAGAUCUUACAGCUUUUAGAGACGCGUUUAAGGACGAUUUUACCUUGCUCGGUUACGACCCAUCCCCACAGGAAAUUUUUAAUCGGAAUGAAAAUCCUGUUGAGCCUAAGGUGUAUUUCAAUAAACUAUAACUCAAUGAGGUUUUACUCUUGAACAUGUAACUGUAAUUUAAUAGUGAUGUAUGCUGGCAUAUGUGAACUGUAUAAUGUAUGCAAAGCUUGUCAUAUCAUCCUUAUAUUCAUUUUUAUUUCACGUUAUAUUUUCUUCAGAGAUCAUUUAUUUUUACCCCUCCCACCUUCUAACAUUGGGGGUAUAUGGCUUUGCACAUAUCAUUCGGUAAGUCGGUUGUAUGGCCGGUCUGACGUUACAUUCCUUAGUUUCCGCAUGAGAUAUAAAAACGCGUUUACCAACAUACAAGUUAAUUGGCAUAAUGGUGUAAUAUGCAAAAUAUAUGAGCCUAUCGUUAUAAAGGCCAAUAUCUACCAUACAAUUAAGAUAAAUAUAUAUGGCUUAUGAAGUGCCGUCGAAAUCCAUAAAAUGACUUGCACUUGUUAAAGGUCACCUUCAGAAUUUUAAACACAAACUGUCAUAAGUAUUUGAUAGAUUUCCGUACCGGCAGUUGAAAAUACAUUCAAGCAUUUAAUAAUGAUUGACCGGCUGGUGGACUGCAACGACAAAACCAAGACAGUUACACUACCUGCAUAGUAGAUUUGCAUGCUGGGCUAACUAAGGGCUAUUUAACUUAUUAACAAUUUAUGUACGGAAGUGAAGGGAGGCAUACAUCUUCUUUUUAAAAAUGUGUGUAAAAAUUUUCAAACGGGUACAUUAAUCUGCUGCUCGUAUCAAAUAAAAUACAUAAAUACAUACAAACGCACAAUUUAAUGAUGUUGCUCAAACUAAUGACAUACGUGUUUUGCCAGAUUUAUUGACACCAAAUUAAUUACAAAUGAAAACAUACGAAUAAUAAGCCGCACAAUGUAUAACAGCAUCAGCUAAAACUAAAUUUACAUAAGAAUUUAAUUCGUUAGAGCUGAAUAACCUUUUACCAUAUACAAUCGUUAAAUAUGAACUACAACUACAUUUAUUUUUAAGUAUAAUUGGCAAACAAAUAAGUUCCUUAAUUUCCUUAACAUUAUGUCCGACGAAGAGACGGCUUCGCCGUUUAUUUUGUGGUAUAGAGAUUGUUUUGAUUUGAUUACAUGCUUGGAACGUCUCCUUGUGUCUUCAAUUAUGGGUCAUUAUAAGCAAGACGGAGAUGAACAGAAGAACACAAACUUAUAUAAUUAUAUAAUUUAAUAAUUUAACGGAUAGCAAACGUGGAUACUUAAUAUUUAUAUACUUUUAAAUAUUUAGAGUUCAUCGAACAUGUAUGACAUAAUAAAAGAAAUUAUAAUGUUUUAUGUUUAUGCCAACUUAAUUGAAUGUACUGAUACUGAUGCAAACAACCAUAAUUGUGCGUUCCGAGGGUCACAUGAUCAUCUGAUCAUGCAAUAUAUUUUAUUGAAAGUUAAAUCAAUUCUUCAUCUAGGAACACAACGCAUACAUUACAAGGGAGAGCAUUACCAUGGAAAUUCCGCUCGCAGUAAAUCAGUUAUCUCCCGUGUUGAAAUAGUUUUCGUAUGUUGAAUUUUGUAUGUUCUGAUGUAUGUUAAAUUCCAUUUGAGAUCUGUACAAUUGUUAUGCUAAUCAACUUCGGCGACAAUGUCCUAAACAUUCGAAAAGUAAGUGUUAAGUGUUAAUGUUUCCACACUUUAUUAGCAUUGUGGAAGCAAUUUUAAGCUUAUUACAUCUCAUGUAUUUUUCGUUUCGCAUAAUUAUUUGAUCAAAUCAAAUACAAUCA